ACAAUUCUAAUCUUAAGGGUGUUGAAUCGUCUGUUUUCUACUGAGUUUUAAACAACACUGAACGUGAAGAGUGCUGCCACUAUAGUAUUAGAAUAACAGGAAUACAAGAUUUGAGUUUAAACAGUUGAUUCAAGUUAAAUCGGUUCGUAAGAAGAUAAAUUAUGGCGUCCAAAAAGAAACUUCCUCGGUCUCGAAGAAGUAGGGAUCAUGAAAACUUGGUGUUUAUAUCGCUCUUGCUAGUGAUCAGGCAGAUUCUGCAAGUAAAAGCGACAGUGUCAGUGCUUCCAGAGAAUUACCACUACACACGCAUGUAGAACAAGCAAUCCAUAUAGCCCCUGAGUUUACUGUAUUGGAUGUGUUCUUUGGAGUCGUUUCAAUAAUUCUUUUUUUCGCUGACUUAGUAAAUGACAUAAUUCUUGCGACGCAGUAUUUUUACCCCAAAUGGGAAAACACCAAACACCAAAUGGUGCCAUUCGGUCUAACAACAGCGUUUAUUGUUGUCCCAGGCUUAGUGACUGCAACGUUAAAUUUGCGCUGGUAUUGUAUUGACUUUCAAAGAACAAAAGAACUAAGCAAGGAUGGAAAACAACAAGUGCCCACAACAAGAGGACUUCUGUGGUUUGUCAGAAUACUGAUGACGUGUUUGAUGAUGGGUCGAGUUAUAAGGCAGGUGGAGUAUGUCUACAAUGGCUUUAAAAGCAGAGACAAAAAUCUAACUGAGGAUGUUAGAAAGCGCCACUACAGAUUAAUGCGUUGUGAAGAUGUGGAUGCUUCAUGUAUUCGAAUGUUUGAAUGCUUCUUGGAAGCUGCCCCUCAGCUGCUUCUACAGAUUUACAUCUUGAUGGAAUACAGAGAGGAAGAAGUUACCUGGUUAAUAAGUGGCACGAGGGCGGUAUCAAUGUUGUCUUCAUGGUCUAGUCUUGCAAUAUCCAUGGUGUCUUACCAGAGGGCAUUGAGAUUCUCCCAUGACGACUGCGCAAACAUGUCUAUACCAGGAUCGAUACUCUACUUCUUGUGGAGAGCUGUUGAAAUUGGGCCCAGAGUUAUUGCCCUUGGCAUGUUUGCCUCUCAGUUUAAAUGGUGGGUCUUCAUAGUUGUCGUUGUUCACUGGAUUGGUAUGUCAUUAUGGCUGCUAUGUCAGAAAACACAUUUCUACCAAAAUCAGUGUGAAGAGAAAGGCUUCAACUUUGUUUGCGGAUAUGUGCUUGUCUUUUGCUUCUUGAACGUUAGGGAUGGUCGGACUAGAUACAGAAUGAUUGUAUAUUACUGUAUAUUUUACGUUGAAAACUGGCUUUUUCUGGGAUUUUGGUUUUAUUUCACAGAUGCCAAGAGUCAAUGGUUUUACCUUCCAACUUUAUUUGUUGUCUCGUUAAGUAUUAUAUUACAUCUCAUAUUUCAGUUUUUGUACUACGGGUGCUUUCAUCCACUUGGACAUGGGGCAAUUCCUUGUUGUCUAGAUUGUGAAGAACAUACUUGCUUUGAAUCUCUUUGUUAUGAUUUGGAACCAGAGGAGAACUACACGAUGCAGACUGAGCAUGUUACCAUUUCAGUAUGAUUAAAUGCUUAGCCAAAUUCUAAAAUUAAUCAUUUUUCAUACUGAAUAGCGACUUGUACUGUAACGCCUUUGUGUAAACGUUUAGCUUACCAGAGCACAACGUGCUCAAGAUGAAAUAUUAUGAUCACCCUUUGUUAGGAAUUCGAUGUGCGGUGUGCGAUGUGUGUCCUCAACUUUGAUUUGUUUCCACUUAAAGAGGCAAUAUUUUUAAUAUAAACUCGAUGAAACUUGUAAAGAAUGUUUAUGUAGACCGUAUCUGGGCCAAGCUUGAACCUGGGUAACAUGAAUCCAAAAACCUAGGUCAUCAAGUCAUAUCUUAGAAAAACAUUGCUACCACCUUAGAGGCCACAUUUAUGACUUAAUUUUGAUGAAACUUGGUCAGAAAGUGAAUCUUUACAAUAUACAAGCCAAGUAACAAUUUGGGUCUUGUGUGUUAAAAACCUAUGUCAACUUGGCAAUCUGAGAAAAACCUCGUUACUACUCUAGAAGCAACAUUUAUUACUCAAUCUUGAAUAAACUUGGUCAGAAUAUUUAUCUUGAUAAUAUAUAGAUUGUUUUAUACCACAUUUAUAUAGCGUCCUUUUCAUACUUGAGAUGUGCGUUCAAAGGCGCUUUACAAUGAGAAUAAAUCUGUGUCAUUUGGGUCCAAAAAUCUAGGUCACUGGGUCAAAGCUUACAAAAACUUUGAUACCAUAAUAGUGGCCACAUUCAUGAUACACUCUUUAUUGAAUCUAGUCAGGAUGCUUAUCUUUGCAUCAUACAUAGGCACAGCAUUAAUGUAUAUCAGGUGUGUCCAAAAACUACCGGUAGGAACACAAUUCCUGCCACUCUAGGGGCAACAUUUAUUACCUAAGCUUUAUGAACAUUGGUCGGAAUGUUUACCUUGGGAAUAUCUAGGCAAAAUGCGAAUCAUGGUAAGAUGCCCCUACAAACGUGGUCAACAAGUCAAAUCUUAAAAACACUUGUAACCACUCACGGGCCACAUGAAUGACUGGGUGUUGAUAAAACAUGGUCAGUAUGUUUAUGGUGACAAUAUGACGGUCAUGUUUAGUUUGAAUCUUUGUCAAGUGUAAUCAAAAACUAGAUCACUUGGUAAAGUAUUUUAAAUUGUGUCAGUGAACUCAAGUGAGCGCUUGAGGGCCAUCAUGACCCACUUGUUUUUAUUGGCUUUAAUGUUGUUUUCAAUGACAAAGUCUUAUUUUAGUUUAAUUCAAUGUUGUGGCAAUAGCUAGUAUACAUAUUUACUUAAUCCAGCAAUUUUGCCCAAUUGGGAAAAGUACCGGUUCCAGCGUAAUUCGGAAAAAUUUGCGCAGAAAAAAAACUGAAAUUAACAAAAUGCGCGUUGUGAAAUCUUCACAUCGGGGAAUUGUUGUAUUUGAAUAUUUGCUCCCAAAUAAUUUAAAAUUGGUAAAAAUGUUUUCAAGUUCGCAAUAUUAUAUAAAUUAGGUUUAAGCCAUAGAGCUGCAUAUGGAAACUAACAAAAUGUUGCAUUUUAUCCCCCCCCCCAAAAAAAAAAAUAAUUAAUUAUUAUUGUAGUUGAGACCUUCGAUUGGGUAAUUUUUGGAAAGCAAUUGGGUUUUCCGGUACUUUAUAAAGAAGAAAAAAAGUCGCUGUCAUCAUCAUUUAAAUACUCAGGAUCAAUGUAGUUAGAGUGAUGUAGUGUGUAUAUGAUGUGCAUGUCACAGUUCUUAUGAAUUAUUCGCUUGACUUCAGUGAACAGUCCGAGCUAUACUUCUCACCCAAAUAUUGGUCUGCGUAAGAUGUCGGUUUAAAAACUUCACAUCUUCUUAGAGGUCAUUCUGGUUAAAAUGAAAAUAUCUAUAUACUUUCUCCAGAUAAAUAUAUAUGUUUAUGCCCCGGUAGGGUGGCAUAUAGCAGUUGAACUGUCCGUCAGUCAGUCCGUCCGUCCGAAAACUUUAACAUUGGCCAUAACUUAUGCAAUAUUGCAGAUAGCAACUUGAUAUUUGGCAUGCAUGUGUAUUUCAUGAAGCUGCGCAUUUUGAGUGGUGAAAGGUUAAGGUCAUUCUUCAAGGUCAAAAGUAAAAAAAAAAUCCAAAAGAAGUAAUCAGCUUUAAAAAGGAGAUAAUUUCUAAACCUGUCAAAUGAUAUAUUGAAAUGUUAUUUCAAAGCGGCGCAAUAAGGGGCAUCGUGUUUCUGACGAACAUAUCUCUUGUUUCUCCAUGUAUUGAAAAUAAACAUAACAUUUGUGUUUAAGGUCUUGAUGACCAUACAUUAUCACUAUAUAACUACUACGCACAUUUCUGCAUCAAAUAUGUCACCUUUGUGGUCAUUUUAUCAGAUGACUGACAGACUAUCUACAUUACCUAUCAACGUCGAAGAAUAGUCGAGUGAACUAGAUAUAAUUGAAUAUCAGCGAAGGUCCAUAACACAAACAAGGUCCUCCUAUGCAUUACAUACAGAUGAAUUUCUAAUCAAGCUUAAUUUUUUUUAUUUUAGAUGAUUGAUUUGCAUAUUUUACAUAUUGGUUUUUGUUAAGUUAUUGCAAUUGAAUGAUCUUAAAUGAGCAUUUCAGACGAUAUUGUUGUAGACUGGUGGUCUAUUUUUUGUUACCCAAUGUCAGGCAACUGUUUAUGGUGGUUUAGCUAAUAGGUUUUAUGUGAAAUAGAUGCUGC